AAAAUGCGCUGUUCUACAGUGGAUCGUAGGUGUAUGGGUACACCCUAAUCGGUACCCGUUUUCCACCGGGCCGGAGGAAAUUCCGUCGUCAGUACGUUGUAAACUUGGUGAAGGUAAAGAUGAGUUUUCACCGUGGUCUCGCUGUUGUUGGUGCUUGGGUUAUUGCCUGUGAACUUAGUUUGUAAAAGUUUUCCUACUACAGUGAACAAAGUUUUGCAAGAAGUGAUCCUUGCUACGGGGAAAAACUUUGCGCGGACUUUGAAAGCAAGCAGCAACAGCCGAAAAGUUUUCACCCCGCGUGAAUCCUCACGAAGAAAACAGCAAAAGUUUUUCCGCGAUCACAAAAGUUUGCAGAAGUUUCUGGCGUGGAAAGUUUCCGCGUGCGGCAGAGGAACAGAGUGCAGCGAACAAACGCCGCGCGGUAGAAGACAAUUAUUUUUGGGGCUGCCCGUCGUCACCGCAGCAAAUACAUACCCACACACAGCCGGGAGUUGCUUCUUAACCCCCGCGCACUCGAAGUCGGUGGAAAAGUUUCUUCCCCGGAGCGGGGUGCAGCAGACGACGCAAUCGGGGCGAAAAAGUUAAAAUAAUUAAUUUAAAACAAAUCACUAAACUAGGGAAGUGCGGUUUCAAAUGCUUGGUUGUUCGGUGGUCGAACGGAAAACUUUUGCGCCUCUCGGUUAGUUGAAUGAUUUUCGGUUGGCGAAAAGUGACGGUGCAGGGAAAUAAGUUUGAGUCGACGCAGAUUUUUAUUUUCUUUACUGCCGGGAAGUGUGCGAACGAGAAUCCUACCGGGGAAGUGCAACGAAAACAGCUCCCCCGUUCGCGCUUAAGUAACUAACAGCUGAGUGGAAGGUGUUUUCAGUUUUUGUGGUUUUGAUCGGUGGAUAAACACAGGGGAGAAAGAAAAAACAGAAUACGAGGGUCGGCAGAAAAGUGCAAUAUUCUAGAGGAAGCGUCGAAUCUUGAACUCACAGUUAAAACGAUAAUUUUUAAUGUACAGUGAAUCUCACGUUACUCAAAAGUGCAAUACCUAUACGAUCUCUAACGAUAUCACCAAAUAAGUUAAGCAGUGGUAUAACUAGUCAUAUACCUAAGUGUUAUUAUCUAGUGCAAGUUAAAUAAGGCAAAAUGAUCGAUAACAGUUACUCGUACGUCACGCGGGAUAACCUGCGUUAUACCGACCUGAACGAUGGCCGAUCGUACGCGCAGAUGAGUACCCUGUCCUCGCCACCUUCGAUGGGAAAUCGGCUCGGUGAGUACGAUCCGACCGCAUCACAUCUGACGAACCAUCGUCCAUACGAACCGGCUCCACAAACAGCCUUCGAACGAUACGACACAAGCUACCCACCCCAGCGAAGUAACCUUUAUUCCUCGUACGGAUACUCGCAGUCAAUCAUCGAUGAAGAGCAGAAAUAUCUUGCAGCGGCGGAGCCGCCGGCUCCACCGGAAAUCCAAGCCAGUCAACAUCAUCUCGGAUUAUCAACUGGACCGACCGAUCGACACCAUCCAAUGAUGAAGGUCGAAAUGGAUGAAGCCAGCGGUCCGAUCUAUCCACGGCCUAUGUAUCAUUACGAUCCUACUUGCGGAACGAUGCCUCCUGGCUUCUCAGCGAUCAACCUGAGUGUCAAGGAAGCAAGUCCACCGAUUCCGUAUAAAACUAGUGGAACCCCUUCUCCAAAUCCAGGUAGUCGAAAACCUGAUGAUCAUCGUACCCACAAGAUCUCUUCUACUAGUCCAGAACCUGGCACAAGUCCACAUCAGCGUAGCAGUCCUCAGGCGACGCUGGACCUCAGUUCUAACAACAGCGGUGGAACAAGUCCCCAUUUCGCCCGGAACACCGGUGUAACGAAUGGAAGCAGUGGCACCGGCCCCACUCCCACAAAUUCCACCACAGCGGCUACGAACAAUAACAACAAUAAUACGAACAACAACAACAACCCCGUGUAUACGAAUGACGUGCCGGAAUCACGAACUUCCUCGGACGUAGUAGGCCAAACAGAGUUUAGCACUUCGGACCGUCCGCUGGGGAUCGGUUUCGCCCGACCGCAGCCACCGUCGGCAUCCUAUAGCCGUGAAUCGACUCCGGACAGUGGUGGUUCGUACUACGCCGACACAUAUCGUGACACCAGCGGUGAGUGCAACGUGCCGGACCGUGGCCAGGCCUUCUUCUCAAGCGAGAACAUUUCUCCGUACUCUGCAGGCUACAGUCCCCACGCCAGCUACGGGAUGGUGGUCCAGCCGGACUACGCAAACGGCUAUCCGGGUUACGCACCGAAUGCUUAUCAGUACAGCGGACCGUACGCCAGUUCGCUAGGGUCGGGUGUUUAUCCACCGACGGUUCCCUCCGGCUAUCCGCCGAGCAGUAGUGCGAGCUUCGUGACACCGCCGGCCCUCAGUCAGCACAUUUCACCGCAUGAUAAUCUGUUGAAGGCGGGACUCACCGGCUACCAGCGCUUGGAACGACCCCAAUUUCCAUCCCAAUCACAGGAACUCAAAUGCCCAACGCCCGGUUGCGAUGGUUCCGGUCACGCCACCGGCAACUACAGCUCCCAUCGGAGCCUUUCCGGUUGCCCGCGAGCUUCGAAACCGAAAAGCAAGCCCCGCGACGGUCAGGAAUCCGAACCGUUAAGCAGAUGUCCGAUACCGGGCUGUGACGGAUCCGGCCACUCGACUGGAAAGUUCCUGUCGCACCGAAGUGCGUCCGGCUGUCCGAUAGCGUUCCGCAACAAGAUGCAUAUCCUGGAGAAUGGCGGUACGAUCGAGCAGGCGAAGGCAGCGAUGGCUCAGGCUGCGGCCGGCAAGUUUGAACCGUUCACCUGCCCCACUCCGGGUUGCGAUGGUAACGGGCAUGUAGAUGGCACAUUCAGUACCCAUCGAUCGGCUGCCAGUUGCCCGACGGCACAGGGAGGUCAGCAGGCUAGCAAGAAAGCUCGCUACAGUGAUGAAGUGCUGAUGAAUUCUUCAGCGACCGCGAAGUCGUUCAACGCAGAACUGGCAACGAACUACAAUCCGACGAAGAAUGGACUGCUCGGAACAAGCGGCGGAUCGGCUAUCGCAACCGGAUCAUCUCUAGGGGGUGUUCUCGGUGGCUCAGCGUCGGAUGAUCAUCGUUCCAAGAACGAUACAUCGUCGGUGACAGUUACGGGCGGAAUCAGCGGUAGUGGAGUCGUAGUCGGCGGAGCAGGCGGAAUACCGCCACAGUCACAGCAGCCACAGCCAAACUCGAUCACUGGCGGUGUCGGUGGAGGCGAAGAUAUGCUAACCCUAGACGAGGAGAUCACCGAGCUUAAGCGGGAGAAUGCCCGCGUCGAACUGCAAAUGCUGCGUCUGAAGUCCAAUAUCAAUGCGAUGGAGUCCCAGCUGAACAACAACGAACCGAAGCUUCUCGAGAUCGGGACGAGAGGGAUUACAUGAAAUUUCCUGACCUGUUAGAGCUUUUCAGUUUCCGCAUGAGUGCUGAUGGCAAAUGCCUUUAAGAGUGAGUGAAUGAGUGAGUGAACAGAGAGUGAAACACUAGAAGAGGUGAACGAUUAAAACAAAUCAAAGAAAAAAACACGUGCACUGUAUACUAAGAAGGAAAAAAAUGCAGAUUUUGUUGGUGGAAAACAGAAGAUUCAUGUUAGGAAAGGAAGUGUGACGAAGAUGAGGGAAAAACUAUAAACGAUUACCAAACACACAAUGAAAAGGAGUAAACCUAGUCGAAAUGUGCUAUACGACUCAUUUUAAUUAUUAUUGAUUAAAAUUAACGUAUUACAAGUAACAAGGGCAGAAGCAACACAACUUAUUGCUAAAUUAUUUUGAAUACUUACAUUCAAAUAAAAAAAAAUGUGAAUGGAAAUAGAACAACAGCAGUGAAGUAGAAACAUGGACACACUGACAUAUUAGCGAAAUUGUAAAAAGUCAUUAUUGUAUGUAACCAGUUAUGAAUUUUAAUAAUAAUAAAAAUUACAUAUUUGUGAUAAUAACA